CUGUGACUCAAGAUAACUAAAACUGUUGUUUUGCCUCAUUCUCUGCUAUGUGCUCUCUGGUUCUCUCCUGGGCUUUGGGCCAGGUUUACAGCUCUCUGUGCUUCCCCCAUCCCUGUCCCACAGGAUCUCUCCUGCUGGCCGUGCAUUUCUACAGCUCGCCCCAGGCAGCCCCUCUGAUCCCCAGCACAGCCCUCGGAGUUCUCCUGCUGAUCCUGUCGGCUCUCCUGGCAUAUGCAGGGAUCCGGAGAAGCCUCAGCAAUGCCUCCCUGCUGGUGUYCCUGUGCCUGACCCUCUCAGCAUUCUGGUGUGGCUAUGGAGUGAUCCUCAUCCUGGCAGGGCAGGGAGUGCUGGCUACCCCGGGGGAUUUCCGCGAUGCCCUGGUGCCAGGCCUGGCCACCUUCACCCUGGCCCUGCUCCUGGUGGCCGUGGUGGGCUUCCUCUGUGGCGAGCCCAUCCUGGCCCUGGUGGCUGCCGCUGUGUCCCUCGCCAGCGCCCAUGAGGUGGCCCUGCACUACAGCUCCUCCCUCGGCCCCUCUGCUGUGGCUUGCAGUCACCUCAUUGUCUGUUUGGUUGGGGGCUACUUCGCUCUGGGGAGGAUCCUMUACUUCCUGAGCCAAGGGAGAGUUGCCCUCCCUGGCGCAGAUCUCGCCGAGAAGAAGGCCCACAAGCAGAGCCGAGGCAACAGCAGCAGCACCAACCCCUUUGCAGCACCCGGRCUGCUCCUGAACAUGCUGGCAGCCUGUGUCUUCUGCUGCAGGCUCCUGGGGGUCACCCACCAGCUCUUCCUGGGMCAUGUGCCCUGGCUGUGGGCAGCUGGCACCUACCAGAUUGGCRUCUGCGUGUUGUCCUACCGUGUGAUGGACGUUCUCAUGGCCACUGCUUUUGGCUUCACCUCCAUCCUCAAAUUCGCUGCAGGCUAUUGCCUCCUGUAUCCCAUCUGGCAGCCAGAGGAGCCAGCUUUCCCUACCCCAUUCCUGGUGGUUUUCUCCAUUCUUUUUGCUGUCUUGGCUCUUUUUCUCUCCCUUCAGAGCCCUGUGGAUGGCCUGUACUUCCUGGUGUUCGUUGCCUACUGCAUUGCCCUGGCUUGCAGUCCCAGGGGUUUUUUUGCAGGUGGCCCCCACGGUGUGGCMGUGGCCAUUUUUGUGGCAUCAGCCUUGGUAACUCUGAUUCACCUGUACAAUGUGAGGGCAAGGGUCAAGAUCCCAAUGGGAAGAGGUGCUGUGAAAGCCCUUCUUGCCCGCAGCAGCUUCCUGAAGCUCCGGGAAGGGCCAGACAUUCAUGCCCCCUACCUGGGCUAUUCCAAGUAUGCAGAUGCAGAAGUCCUCACCUAUGCYUGCAGUGUCCUGGCUUCUUUUGCUCUAACAACCCCAGGAGACCCCCAGGCUCCCCUCGCCACUGUUAUCAUCCCAUGGGUGGUGGUUGCUGGUGGGAUCCUGAAGCUCCUUGGUGGCUCAGUGGCCUUUGCCCGGGGUAAAACCCUGGAGAGCAGUGCCUUCAUCCUCUAUGCUGUCYUGUGGGUCAUCUGGGGCCUCACCAGGUAUGGUGGCCUCUAUGGCACCAACAGGAGCUUCCACACAGCUGUAGGCAUYGUUGCCUUCAUGCUCUUCAACAGCUUCAUUGUCUUCUGCUCACUCUUCCUAAACAUGGCCUGGUUCUUCUACUCCCUCACGUUCAUGCUCAUCGCUGUCAGCUUCCUGCUGGACGCCAUCCACGCUCUUCCCGCUGGAUACGACACCGCUGCCACCCUCAUCUUUGGGCUGGUCAGCUUUUACUGCUUCCUGGCCGCCCUUUGCAGCAUCACCUUGGAGGGUUGCUGUUUGCCCAUGGGGAGGCCUGUGGUGCAGCUCAGUAGUGUUGGGGCAGGGACAACCAAGUGCCUUCACCUGCCAGCCAGGAAAGCUUCCUCGGUCAAGAGAAUUGCAGAUAUCCUGAGGAGUGGUGGCACCUGCGGCAUCCCCACGGACACCGUGUAUGUGCUGGUGGCCGCCUGCAGCCGGCCUGACGCCGUGGAGAAGGCUCACCGGUCCAAGCGCCAGGCUCAGGAUCGCCCCAUGUCCCUCUGGAUUUCCAGCCUAAAGCAACUGGAACCUGCCAAGCAUUUGUUCACACCCCUCCUCUGGGACUUCAUGGAGGCUGCCUGGCCRUCUCCCAUUAGCUUGGUCAUUCCCAGAGGUGAAUGGGUGGAUUUCCUGGGAAUGAAGGACUCUGCUAAAUACGUUGGAACCCCUCAGAGUGUGGCCAUCCGCAUCCCCGACUGCUCUGUCACCACACACCUUAUCGACCUGGUUGGCCCCAUCGUCGUCACAUCAGCCAACCCAACGGGAGAGGCUGACACAACCCACCACAACCAAGUGUAUGCCAAACUGGGAGAYAAGGUGGAUGCAGUUCUUUGUGSUGGCCCUUCUCCAGAGAACAUUGCCUCCACCGUGGUGGACUGCACCAAGAUCGACAGCGGGAACAUUGGAUUCUUCCGAGUUGGCAUCAUCCCCAAGUCUCAGGUGCUGCAGAUCCUGGAGCAGGUGCAGAAGAAACACCUGGGGGUCCCCAACAGUGGCACUUGCCCCGCGAAAGAUUGGGAAGAUCUCCGGGGUCGUGGCCAUGCUGUGCACAACGGGGUGGGCAUGGCUGCCUUGGUGGAGCCAGGGCGGGAUCCCUCUCCCGAUUCUGGCUGCGAGCGUCACACCCGCUUCUGACUGCCACAGCUCCGUGCUCACCACGACAUCGUCUGCUGGAAAAUGCCAGACUGGCCAAAUUGGGGAAUGGGAGAGGCUUUCCAGCUGCGGGGGUGAUUCAUUCGUCUUUCUAUGGAUACUGCUUAAAUAUCCCAGUGUGCUGCUGCCUGACAAACCACAGGCACCCAGCAGGAAAAUUUUCCCUUAGGGACACGGCCAGCUCUCCCUGGAGAUCAGUCAUGACCAAAGGGAAUGUUCCUUUGGUGACAGGCUGGCCCCAGAGUUACAGAGCUUUGUCCCCAUCACUAGGAGGGAAUUCCUUGGAUUUGGGGCAUGGAGUGGGGUGAAGUGGUGCAGAAUCAUGUGGUGCAGGAGAAAUAUUGCAUGAAACUUGAAUCACACAGAAUCAUUUCAGUGGGAAAAGACCUUUCAAAUCCCGAAGUCCAGCUGUCCCCCCCCUGCCAAGGCCACCGCUGACCCAUGUCCCCAGGUGUCACCACAUGGGAGAGGAGGAGGGGGGAUGUGUCCAGGUGCUGUGCUGGUGGAUCCAUGGACUUGGCAAAGUGUGGGCUCAGGAGCUGGGGGUGUCUCUUGCAGGUCCUCUCCAGAAUGGUGGUCACUCCUUUUUGACCCUCGCUUUUCUCUCUUGGGAGAACCCAACACUCCCAAGAAAUGCCAUGACCUGAGAUGCUGUUUCUGUAUUUCACACUCGGUGUCAGAGUGGAAUUCCCGUUUGGAUUAUUCCAAUAUUAUAUCCUUAGAGGUGCUGGAGCUUUAGGGAAGACCCUCCCUUCCCGUGUUAUGCUGAGUACCARUUCCAGGAGAGCAAUCUCCAUGUGUUUGAGGAGGCCAGGAGCUGGUCUCUUGCCUUACAGCCCAACUCUUCCCAUCUCAUGGCACGUUUCCUCCAGAGUGCAAAUUCCAUAGGAUCAGAGGAAGGGAUUCCAGCCACUCCAGGCAGUCAUUUGAUCUCUCCAGGGGCUGAACUUCUCUCCAAACCUCUGAAAUACAAUGAAGAAGUUGGAGAAGUGCUCACCUAUGACCUAACUGGCAUCAUGAGAGUGUGGUGGGAUGGCUCCUGGAGUGUAGGAAUGGGAUGAUGUGGACUGKUUAGGAAGGACAGGCAGCUGGAGUGGUGGCUGCUCACCAGGAAGAGUUGGGAAGGAGUCUCAAACCUUCGUGAGGAAUUUUCCUUGGCAAACAUUGCAGUUAUGGCUUGUUCUGCCUCCAAAAACUGCUGACCU